GGUGUCAUCUACUAUAAGAGUGUUCGGAUCUCCCGGGGGUGCCUCAGUGAAUCGGUGACAUCUGAUUCCCGGAGGACCACCGGUGGCUUUCUGUAUCCCUGCUAAUAAGAUCAGCAAUCGCCACCAUGUCUGUGUCACACAGUUCCAGGCUCAACAAGGGGGUGAGGGAUCAGUAUAUGAAGCUGCCCCAAGGGGGGAUGGUCCAGGUGACCUAUGUCUGGGUGGAUGGCACUGGAGAAGGGGUCCGCUGCAAGACAAAGACCCUGGAGUAUGAACCCAAGUCUAUUGAAGAGGUCCCAGAAUGGAACUUUGAUGGCUCAAGCACAUAUCAAGCCGAGGGCUCCAACAGCGACAUGUACCUUGUCCCUGUCCAGAUGUUUCGAGAUCCUUUUUGCCUGGACCCCAACAAACUGGUCAUGUGUGAGGUUCUAAAAUACAACCGGAAAUCAGCAGAAACCAACCUGCGUCACACAUGUCGGCAGAUCAUGGACCUGGUGGCUGUUCAGCACCCAUGGUUUGGCAUGGAACAAGAGUACACUCUUCUUGGUAUUAAUGGACAUCCAUAUGGCUGGCCUGAUAAUGGUUUCCCAGGACCACAAGGUCCCUAUUACUGUGGAGUCGGUGCAGACAAAGUCUAUGGACGGGAUGUUGUUGAAUGCCACUACAAAGCCUGCUUGUAUGCUGGCAUCAAAAUCUGUGGCACAAAUGCAGAAGUUAUGCCAUCACAGUGGGAGUACCAAGUUGGACCCUGUGAAGGGAUUGAUAUGGGAGACCACCUUUGGAUGUCUCGCUUCAUCCUACACAGAGUAUGUGAGGACUUUGGUGUUGUGGCAACACUGGACCCAAAACCCAUGACUGGCAACUGGAACGGGGCUGGGUGUCACACAAACUACAGCACGGAAAACAUGCGGAAGGAAGGAGGACUGAAACACAUUGAAGAUGCCAUUGAGAAACUAGGAAAACGUCACGAUUACCACAUCUGUGUCUAUGACCCACGCGGUGGAAAGGACAAUUCUCGACGCCUGACAGGGCAGCAUGAAACCUCCAGCAUUCAUGAAUUUUCAGCUGGUGUGGCCAACCGUGGUGCCAGUAUUCGUAUCCCACGCCAGGUCGGACAGGAAGGCUUUGGCUACUUCGAAGAUCGCCGCCCAGCAGCUAACUGUGACCCCUACGCUGUUACUGAGGCCUUGGUCAGGACGACCCUUCUGAACGAAACAGGCAGUGACACUAAAGACUACUCGCAGAAUUAAAUCUGGGGGCUGGACCCACCCAGUAGAUUCCAUCCAUUUUUUGCAUCUUCCAUCUCAGUCUUUAAUGGGUUGGUCAGCUCAGCUGCAGGCUCACAGCCAAGUUGUCUCUUGCAGAAAAAAAAUAAUACUUUUCCAGGUUGUCUGUAAUUUCCACUAUGUGUCUUUCCCUAAAGAGUGUCUGACAUGGCCAGCUUUGUAAAAAAAAAAACUCAAUCUGAUACAUCUAGUCUUAAGGGAAAGACUGCAACUGUGUCCAGAGACAAAUUAGCUGAGAUUGAAAGCAAGGCUGGCUGGUAAACCUGCUCCAUUGUUUUAAUCUGUUCUUUACUAAUCUUUAUGUACAGUUUCUUCCACUUUGGAAGGUAGAGGGCAUUGGUCAUUAUAGACUGAGCCAGUGGGAUGGCUUAUUUGCAGAAUUCCUAAUCAUGAAGGGAGUGGCUAAUGACUGCACUCCUUAAACGGGUUUUUAAUGUGUGAACUACAAGGACCAUCAACCUGCUGGGCAGCGGAGGGUUGUGUGUUUUUUGUAUUUAAAGAUCAUGAUACCUCAUCCUACUUGUGGGAUGUUUUUUAAAGCUCCAGUACAGAGUCAUAUUUGGGUCUGAACUAAAGUUCCUCAGAAGAGGGUUUUAUUGUGAACGGUGUAUUAACAUGUGACUGUUGGGUUUUUAUCACUUGAAUAAAGCCGGGAAAAAAUCAA